GGGAUAAGGCCCAUUGUAGACCCGUGUGAAGGCCCACAAGCUGCAACAACAACGACCCAAAUCCUUCCAUCGCCAACCAGACCCAAUCCAUCUUCCAUUGAACAAACUGCCACUGCCAAGUGCCAACCGCCAACCAGUCGCAACCUCUUCUACAGCUGAGACCUUCAAAGCUUCUUUGACCCCCCACUACCAGUCUUCACCGUUCAAUCCUUUUCCCGCCAAUGGAUCUUCUCUACUCAGCAUCCCAGUUUUCCACCGUUCGAUGCCUUCGCCUUCAUCUUCAUCUUCAUCAUUCUUCCAAUACACCUCGUCGCAAGCGAUUCUUCCCUGUAAGGUCAAGCCUUCCAUUUCCGAAGCACGAAGCAAAGUACCACGGAGAGCUUGAAGCUGCAGUGGAUGUUGUAGAGAGGGCUUGUCGUCUUUGUGUCGACGUGAAAAGGUCUCUCUUCUCUACUGAAGGACGGGUACUUGAAAAGAACGACCAGACUCCAGUUACAAUUGCAGAUUUUGGAGUGCAGGCCUUAAUCAGCUUAGAGCUGAGUAAACAUUUUCCUUCUAUUCCCUUGGUAGCUGAAGAGGAUUCUAGUUUUUUACGCUCAAAUAAUCUGGUGGAUUCUGUGGUAAGUGUGAUUACUGAUAAAACAAGCUCCAAUGACAAACCACUGAAACAUGCUGAUGUCUUGGAAGCAAUUGACAGAGGGGGGAAGAAUGAUAUUGUCUAUGGAACAAGGCCUGCCACAUAUUGGGUGCUGGAUCCAAUAGAUGGCACUAAAGGUUUUGUCAAAGGAGACGACGCUCUAUAUGUGGUAGGUUUGGCUCUUGUAGUUGAAGGAGAGAUUGCAUUAGGUGUUAUGGGCUGCCCUAACUGGCCAAAGGAUAUUUCAUACAAAUCCACCACUGAGGUCCAGGAAUAUGAAAACAUGCCAUCUGGAUCAGGGAUCCUCAUGGUGGCUCAUGUUGGCUGUGGAGCAUGGACGAGGAAGCUAUUCGAUUUGCCGGGUAGAUCGGCCAAAAUUCCAAAUGGUUGGACUAGAUGCAUUGUCGACGGAUGUUACUUUGUGCCUGAAGCACGUUUCUGUAUUCCUGACAGUCAAACAUGGGAGUCAUUGCCUCUUUCAGCUUUAUUUGAUGCAACAAAUGAUGCUGACAGAGUUGGAGAGAAAGAAAUUCUUCUUUUAUCUGCGUGCUGUGGAAGUUUAUGCAAGUAUCUAAUGGUCGCUUCAGGUAGGGCAUCAGUCUUCAUUCAACGAGCAAGAACUCAGACAAUAAUCAAGGCUUGGGAUCAUGCUGUUGGUGUGAUAUGUGUGCAUGAAGCAGGGGGAAGGGUGACCGACUGGAAAGGCAACCAUCUUGAUUUUGCAGCAGAUCAAGUUGAACGGAGGAUUAUAUUUCCGUCAGGUGGUGUCCUUGUAUCUAAUAGCAACAUACAUAAUGAGAUAUUGCAGAUGAUUGCUUCCGGUUCACCAGUUGUUUAACAGUAGAAGAUAUCCAAUCUCCGGUAUUUUUUUUUUUUUUUUCCUUUAGCAGCAUUUGUUUAACAGAAAAAUCGAACAAAAAAAAAUUUCUCAUGUAUUGGAUUGUAUUUAAUUUAUUUGAGUCAAAUAGAAAUGAUUUGAAUCA